AGACCAUCGCCCAUUGCUAGUUAGAUUUGUAAGCGAAAACAUUUCCAGAACUGGACGCUUUAUGUUCGAUAAAAGAUGGAUUUCUAAACCGGAGUUCUUGGGAAUAAUAAAAGAGGGAUGGUGUAAAGAUGAUGCUGCAGGAUCUAGAGCAUUAUUACACCGCAUCUCUAACUGUAGAAAAUCUAUAUCCUUAUGGAAAAGAGUCACAAACCAAAACUCCAAAAAAAGAAUUACUCAGCUUAAACAGAAGCUUGAAGAAGAAGGCUUGAAGCUGCAGCCCAAUCGUGGUCUGUUGCAAGCAUGGAAAUGGGAACUAGCUGAGGCUUACCGAGAAGAAGAACUUUUUUGGAAACAGAAAAGUCGAGAGAAAUGGUUGAAGGAAGGCGAUCGUAAUACAAAAUUCUUCCAUGGGAGUGUUCAAAGACGACGAGUCCAGAACCGUAUCAUUUCUCUCUUUGAUGUCAAUAACGUGGAGCAGUUUGCAGAAGGAUCUAAGGGAGAGAUCGCGGUUGAUUAUUUCCGCCAACUUUUUACAAGCUCUAAGCCCGAUUCUUUUGAAGUAGCUCUUGAAGGAAUGCUACCGCGAGUGACAGCUCAUAUGAAUGAGGUAAUGACAAGACCAGUUUCUGGAGAAGAGAUUAAACAAGCAGCCUUUAGUAUCAAAGGAGAAAGCACUCCAGGAGCGGAUGGUAUGUCUGGUCAUUUUUAUCAAGCAUAUUGGGACAUUGUUGGACCUCAAGUCAUAACAGAGGUACAACAGUUUUUUGAAUCUGGUUCUCUCCCUCCGGAGUGGAAUUUCACACAGAUUUGUUUGAUUCCCAAGAAGCCAAAUCCAUCAAGAAUGACAGAUCUACGCCCCAUCAGUUUAUGCUCGGUUAUUUACAAGAUUGUCUCCAAAAUCCUGUGUAAUAGGCUGAAGUGUUUUCUACCGUCGAUUGUUUCAGACACUCAAGGUGCGUUUGUCUCGGGCAGAUUAAUUUCUGAUAAUAUUCUCUUGGCUCAUGAGAUGAUACAUGCCCUCCGCACAAAUUCCAACUGCGAUGAAGAUUUUAUAGCCAUUAAAACCGAUAUGUCUAAGGCCUAUGAUCGAUUUCAUACUCGGUGCUCAUCAAUGGUGCAUCGUAUGGAUAUAUAAAACCGGAGAGAGGCAUCCGUCAAGGCGACCCGCUAUCCCCAUUUCUAUUUAUUUUGUGUGCUGAGGCUUUAGUCCACAUUAUGAACAAAGCAGAACAAGAAGG